CCAGCACCCGUCCCGCCCAUGCCCUCCUGUCCCCCUCGCCCUCGUCCGCCUCCCUUUGCUUUGUGUCGCCCUCUGCCGCCCUCUGCCGCCCUGUCCCCGCUACAAUGAAACGCCAGUCGGCCAUGUUCGGCGACUCGGACUCAAGCGAUGACGACGACGACACCCACUCGGCCACCACCACCACCACCCCGGCCCCCCCUUCCCGCUAUUCCGUGGCCGCCUUCACCGGAUCCGCCUUCGGAGCCGGGCUCGAAGGGGUGUCGAUGUCGGCCACCACCUUCUCGGCGGAGGAUGCCGACGUUGCGGCCACCAAGGCCGAGGCGGCCACCUUCGAUUACGACGCCGCCUACGAGGAAGAGUACCAGCGCCGGCGCGAGGAGGCCGAGGCGAAGGCCCGCGACCGGAAGCCCAAGUACAUCGGCGCGCUGAUCGCCAAGUCGGAGUUGCGCGAGGUUGAGCGCGAGAACUCCAAGCUGCGCUCCAUCCACCGGAAAAUGGAGGAGGAGCGUGAACAAUUCCCCACCAAGGAGACCUUCGUGACGCAGGCCUACCUGGACCGACAGCUGCAGCUCAUGGAGGAGGAUGCCCGCGAUCAGGAGCGCGAGACCCGCGACCAGGCGACCAUCUCCUCCGGCCUGGGGGGGUUCUAUCAAGGCCUGGUCCGUGGCGAGAAUGUGGCCAUGGGUGCCUCCACAGACGCCGCCCCGGCGGCCGACGCCCGCCGGACGCCCCCCUCGUCGCAUGGGCAGUCGAGUCGCGAUAUCGCCGACCGCCGUGGGGCUUCGGCUCAUCACGACCACCGCGACCGCCGCGACCACCGCGACCACCGCAAUACCUCGGGCUCUCACGACCGUCGGUCCCGGUCCCGGUCCCGGCCCCGGUCCCGGUCGCCCCUCUCACGAGAGGAGGGACAACGUUCCGGGUCCCGGUCAGGUGCCGGGUCCCGGGGGGGAUUCCCCCGCCCGGGGCACCAGGAAACGCGCUCCUCGCGCGACCCCACCAACACCCCUGCCGAGGAUGAUCGACGCCAGGAGCUCCAGAACAAGCUGGCCGCCGCGCGGGAACGGUACAUCAUCCGGCGCGACACGCGCGUCUACCUGUGAGACCCCUUGGGCAGCGCCUGUCCGCCCCGCCCGCGUGAAUGCAUACGGACACCCUUGCCCUCCUCCAAGUGGUCGGUCCUCCCCCCCCCCCCCCCUCCCCCCCCCCCCCCCCCCUCACACCAAAACCUGCCAUGCCCGCGCUCGCAAAUGCAUUCACAUGUGUGCAUGCGGAUCUGUAUAUGUAUAUAUAGGUGUAUAUUGCGUGCUGCGAGGACGACGCAGGCGUGUAAAAGGAAGUAUGUGUGUGUGUGUGUUUUCAGAGGGGAGGGGAAAGGGAAGGAGGACAGGGAGAGGAGCGGGCACAGGAUGCACAAGGUAGGCAGAGGGGAGAGGGAGAGAGGGGGGACGAAGGGAAGAGAACCCCCCCCCCCCCCGC